AUGCCGGCGGGAACGACUGAGUACGAGCGGGAGUGCAAAUACUUUGACAUCAAUGGGCGACAGAAGAGGGGCAUGCCCCAGCGAGGCGACCCUCACCACCACCCCGAGGUGCCCAAGGAGAGCUUCUUCAGGCGCGAGCUCCCCAAGCACUGCAUCAGCUUCUCUUCCGACGAGGGCAAGAAGCUCUUCCGCGAGGCCCUCGGGGAGGGCUUCAUGGAGAACUACUUCACGCUCGCGGCGCAGUACCGCACGCAGAGCGAGCCGGCGUUCUGCGGGCUGGGCACGCUGACGAUGGCCCUCAACGCGCUCUCGAUCGACCCCGGCCGUGUGUGGAAGGGUCCGUGGCGCUGGUUCUCGGAGGAGAUGCUCGACUGCUGCACGUCGCUCGAGCUCGUCAAGAAGCAGGGCAUCACCCUCGGCCAGUUCGUGUGCCUGGCCCGCUGCAACGGCGCCCAGGCAUCAGUCUUCUACGGCAGCGACAGUGAUGAGGCGACAUUUAGAAAUGUGGUGGAGACGACGUCGAAGGCGUCCGAGUUCGUGACGAUAGUGAGCUACAACCGGGGCAAGGUGGGCCAGACGGGCACCGGGCACUUCAGCCCCAUCGGGGGCUACCACCCGCGCAAGGACAUGGUGCUCCUCAUGGAGGUGGCGAGGUUCAAGUACCCGCCGCAUUGGAUCCCUCUGUCCAUGCUUUUUGAAGCCACCAAGGAUGUGGACGCGGUGACCGGUCGUUCUCGCGGCUUUGUCACGCUCUCUCCCUCGCAGGAGUUCUGCUUCUGGUGUAGUAAUAACAAAAUAAGUGAUAAGAUGUAA